AUGGGUUCUCUGUCUGCGAGUCUCGAGCCCCUCCAGUACCCUCCGGCGCGUCGCGACGAGUCCGUCGUGGACGAUUACCACGGCGUCAAGGUGGCGGAUCCCUACCGAUGGUCGGUGUCCUCGCCAGGAGAACCAGGGGCUAUUUCGUUCGUAUCUUUCGUUCUCUUCUUUUCUUUCGCCUGACUAUGCGAUCUCCGUUAGGUUGGAGGACCCGGACGCGGAGGAGGUCAAGGAUUUUGUUGAGAAGCAGGCGAACCUGACGGAGUCACUGCUGCGGACAUGUGCGGAGAGGGAGAGGCUGCGGGGGCAGAUCAUGUCCCUGAUGGAUCAUCCGCGGUACGAUACGCCCUUCCGCCGGGGGGAGAAGUACUUCUACUCCCACAACACUGGGCUCCAGGCGCAGAGCGUUCUGUUUGUGCAGGAAGGCCUUGAUGGACGGGCCGAGGUGCUGUUGGACCCCAACCUGCUGAGCGAGGACGGCACGACGGCACUUAGCACCUACUCUGUAAGCCUGGAUGCCAAGUACUUGGCCUACGGCCUUAGCGCUAGCGGCAGUGACUGGGUCACCAUCAAUGUAAUGCGGGUGGACGACAAGAAGCCCGAGCCAGAUUCUCUUUCCUGGGUUGGGCAUCCUGAUUCCCUUCGCUACCUUUCUUAUGCCCUACUGUAGCUUUCACCGUCCUUUCUCAAACCCCGGGUCUCGAACUACACAACUUUUACCUCUCAUUCUUUUUGACUCUGCUCGUCUCUAGGUUAAAUUCUCAUCGAUAAGCUGGACACAUGACGGUCGAGGCUUCUUCUACAGCCGCUAUCCAGCUCCCAAGUAGGGUUACUGUGUUUGUUAAGCAGACAUGCUUAACAAGUAGGAUUUGUUUUUGCUUUAGUAAUCUUGUGAUUCUGCCGAAUUUGCAGCUUUGAUCAUGGGCUUGGAUGCUAAUGAUUCUCUCAGCAGGAAGGGUGACGAGUUGGACGCCGGGACGGAGACAAAUAUUAAUCUAUAUCAUGAACUGUACUAUCACUUUCUGGGUACCGAUCAGUCUGAAGACAUCUUGUGCUGGAAAGACCCAGAGUCUCCGAAACACAUGUUUGCUGGGCAGGUCACUGAAGAUGGGAAGGUGAAUAUUUUCUUGUUGUUGACAUCACUACUUAUGAAAACGUCACUGUUUCUUGUGUGGGCAUAAGCCUGUCCAACUUUAUUUUCUUAGAAAUUGAACUCGACACUUCGGUUGUGUGAACUUAUGUCUCAUUCUGAUAUCAGUUCGUUGUAAGGGCAUUGUAUAUAUUGCUGUACUUAUUAAAUUUGUGUACUGCACUAUUAUGAUUAUUACUUAUUUCACUCUAAAUUGAAUAUUUAGAGUUCAAGAUGCACCGGUAACGUGCAAUUAAGAUGAGCAUCUCAGAGUUCUCUAGUGACGGAAUCGCAAUGACUUAGAGAUGAUGCGAAACCUAGGUCUUCAUUUGUUGUUCUUCCAGGAAAAUAAUGUGCCCUUUAAUUUAUCGCAAUGACGUGGUUUCUAAAUGUAUGGAUGUGAGAAAAAUUAUCAAGUUGUCUAUUGUGAGGGAUAGAGUUUGAACUUUGUUCUUCAAUAUUUUGCAAGUCUUUUUUUUUUUCCCUCUUUAGCGAUUAGUUUUCAUUUCUUGACGCCAUUUCAAUAGGUUGACUAAAUGUUCGUUUCAUAUUGAAGGGAAUUUCGACUAUAUAUAGGAAAAAAAUUGCAUAAUCCUGGUUGCUCUUUGGCAUAUGAAAGUAUCGCAAUAUGUUAAAGGUAAAGAGACUACCCUGAAUGUACUGUAAAGCAGGAGAUAGAGGAAAACAAUUAUUAUUUCUGAACUCUUCUUGAUAGACAUGGCAGCAUUAUUACAAAUAUAUGUUCUUCAUAAGUGACUAUGGACUCCUAGCUUUUUCGAUGUGAAUUGUGAAGUCUGUCUUAAGCAGUCUCGAGAAAUAAAACGUGUAACAAUGACCCUUCAAUCUUGUUGGAUUGUCAUGUCUAUGUAGGACAAUCAUGAAAUGUGGACUCUAGAAAUUGACUUUCAAUCUUUUUAGGAGUUAUGAAAAGAGGAUGAUGAUAAUCCAUGUUGAUGUAGGUCUCUCUGACAUAUAGUUACCAUCGGAAGUUUCAGAGGAUUGACCCUGUUUUUAUUCAUUUCUAUUUUUCCUCUUUUCUUUGGUUUUAUACCCACCAUAUUCUGUGAAAGCUCCUGGCCCUGUGGGGCAAUGCACGCCAAUAUCUCGAUUCAGGUCUGAUUUAGACCACCCCCCAAACCUGUUUACCCCAAACUUGUUUUCUGCUUGAACUUUCCAUCUAACAAGAUUUGAUUUUGAUGGGCUUUGCAGUAUGUGCUUUUAUAUAUCACCGAGGGAUGUGAUCCUGUCAACAAAUUGUACUACUGUGACCUAUCUUCUCUCCACAAUGGGCUUCAAGGUGUUAAGGAGGAUGGAGGCAUGCUUCCUUUUAUCAAGCUUGUUGACAAUUUCGAAGCAAGUUAUGAAUCUGUGGCUAAUGACAAUACGGAGUUCACCUUUCUCACAAACAAGCAAGCUCCAAAGUACAAGCUAGUUCGUGUUGAUCUCAGGUGCCCUGGAGAGUGGUCAGAUGUAGUGAAGGAAGAUCAUAAGGAUGUACUAGAAUCAGCCAGGGCCGUUAAUGGUAACCAGAUAUUGGUAAGUUAUCUGAGUGAUGUCAAGUAUCUUCUGCAAAUUAGGGACUUGAAGACAGGCUUGUUGCUCCAUAAUUUGCCCAUUGACAUUGGUUCGGUUUCUGGGAUCUCUGGUCGACGGGCAUAUAGCGAGGUUUUCAUUGGCUUUACUAGCUUUCUUACGUCUGGUAUUAUCUACAAGUGUAACUUAGCGAGUGAGACUCCUGAAUUGGAGAUAUUUCGGGAGAUUGUUGUUCCUGGAUUCGAUAGGACAUGCUUUGAGGUCAAACAGGUGUGACUUCUGUUUGAAUGUGUGAACUCAUAUUUCGGAACAAUAUUUGAUCAUCAUUUUUAAUUCACUUUCUUUUCGAACCCCAGGUUUUCAUUUCUAGCCGGGAUGAUACCAAGAUACCGAUGUUUGUGGUCUCCAAGAAGGACAUUGCUUUGGAUGGAUCGCAUCCGUGCUUGCUUUACGGAUAUGGAGGAUUUAACAUCAGCCUCACUCCGUCAUUUAGUGUGAGUCGUAUUGUUCUAACAAGGCAUUUAGGGGUUGUCUUCUGCAUUGCAAAUAUUCGUGGUGGCGGAGAAUAUGGAGAGGAAUGGCAUAAAGCUGGUUCACUAUCCAACAAGCAGAAUUGUUUUGAUGAUUUCAUUUCUGCUGCUGAGUUUCUUAUCUCUGCUGGUUAUACAAACCCCAGAAAGCUUUGCAUUGAAGGUGGAAGCAAUGGUGGACUUCUGGUCGCAGCUUGCAUUAACCAGGUAAAGUAGUUAUAUUAAUGUUGUUAUCCUUGGUUUAGUCAACCUUUGCCUAGCUCUUAACAUUAUCUUAGGUGAUACUGACCGUUCCUGAUUGCCGGCUUAUAACUGUGUGGCAGAGACCUGACCUAUGUGGUUGUGCUCUUGCCCAUGUUGGUGUUAUGGACAUGCUGCGAUUCCAUAAAUUCACCAUAGGUCAAUUUUUUUUAUGACUAUCAAUUUUAUCUGAUUUCCUCAUCAUCGUUAUCAUCAUUCUGAUUUUCCCCUGUAAUUGCAAUUACCAGGGCAUGCGUGGACCAGUGAUUAUGGCUGCUCAGAUAAGGAAGAAGAAUUCGGAUGGCUUUUCAAGUACGGAUUUCAGGCACUUUCUUUGGUUUUGGGUACCAACUGCCAUUCAUUGAAUUUACCUUUUUUGCCGGCUUCAGUUUCGCAUGCUGACUUUGAUCUGGCUAGAAUAAUUUGAUGCCGUUUGACUGCUGUUGACUUUUUUCCUUUGAAAAUGGGUGCAUUCGAAUAUUACUUCGCUUGAUUAUUAUUUUCUCACAUUCGACAUUUGAGUCAGUUUAGCUCCUUUUAUGAACUUGUCUCGAGAACAGAUACUCGCCGUUGCACAAUGUGAGAAGGCCCUGGGAAAAGAAUGAUCCAACUUGCCAGUACCCUGCGACUAUGCUUUUGACAGCUGAUCAUGAUGAUCGGGUUGUGCCAUUACACUCUCUGAAACUGCUGGCUGUAAGUCCUCAGAUGAUCAAUCAGUUAACAUUCUAUCGGAUUUUUUGUUUUUGUUUUCCCGACUAUUAUUGCUGUUUUUUCAUUGUAAUUUAAGUUGUAAUAUAGUGAAUGGAUCUCUGAUAUCCUUGAUUAUAGAAAACUAGAAAAAUUCAGAUGGGUAUCAGUUCUCUUCAUCUGAUUUCAAACAAUUUUCGCUUUCAUCUGAUUAAUUGAUGUGUCACUACACUCGGUAUCCAUUUUAAAUGGUCCACCAUGGUUCUUGCAGACCAUGCAGUAUGUUCUCUGCGCAAGUGUGGAGAACAGCCCACAGACGAACCCAAUCGUUGGGCGUAUCGAUCGGAAGUCUGGACAUGGCUCCGGCCGCCCUACCCAAAAGAUGGUCCAUAUUUUAUCCCCACCUCAGUAUUUUUUUGGCAAAUUUAUUCCCUCACCAUCUAAUUUACUCACGAAAGCCUGUUUUCUCGUAGAUUGAUGAAGCAGCGGAUCGCUACAGCUUCAUGGCAAAGAUGCUGGGUGCCUCGUGGAUUGAUUGA